UGAAAGGUGUUGGUCUUGGUCGUCUUGGUUAUGUCUAAACUAAAAUUGUCAGAAUCCCGAAAUCCCGAACAUGUUAAAAUAAGGUCACCACACAAACGUCAGUGUAUACAGCAGAACUCGGUGCAAAAUUCUAGUUUGGUUUUUGUUAAGGCUAGGUGAGAAGUGUGUAGAAUCCUGAACAACUUAAGAAUACGAUGAUUGGUAUUUGCAUUUCCAGACUUGUAAAUUUACGCCCAUGCACAAAUAGCUCGAUUCAAACAAUGUUCCAGUCAGCUGUUGAAGAUGGUCAAAAACUUGUGGCAUUUUAUAGUGGCGUCACUUGUGUUUACUUCCCCAUUAUUAUGAGUGUACUGUACUUUACAGACUAUUUAUAUAGUAUAGGAAAAUAUUCAUUCUUUCCUGUAAUUGGAGUUAUUUUAGUUAUGGAAUGUGGUAAAUACAUGAUUGGAACGUGUUAUCUUGUGAAAAGAAAUAUAACAGGUGGUGGGCGAUAUGAUGAGAGAUAUAUAAUAGGGUCUAGUAAGAAGAACAAUACAAAAAACAGAAUGAGAGAGGGAAUGAAGAGCUCUCUAUUAAUUGUUAUCAUGAUAGCUGUUUACUUUACUAUAGCAGUAUUAUUUGGAGCACAAGUGUUCAGCAAGCAUGAAGAAACUUUCAUGUUGAGUGUUCUCCUUUGUGUUUUAACAGUAUUUCCGGGAUGCGUACACAUGGGGGCUAAUUUUGUUAUCAAUUUGAUCUUUGGCCAGAAACCUUCAAAUGAUAUUCUGGGCACAUUAAUACUGAGAAAUAUACAGCUGACUCUGUUUGGUGCUUGGUUGGGAGCAUUUGUGAUUCCAUUGGACUGGGACCGUGCAUGGCAGGAAUGGCCAAUUCCGUGUGCAUCGGGUGCAAUGCUUGGAUUUACAGCAGCAAAUCUUCUCAUGGUGAUCAAUGUGGUUCCAAAACUGACAAAAAGAAACAAUCCAAAAUCUGGUAGAAAGCAGUGGUAGUAUGACCUCCAAAAAAUGGUUGUUAAUUGUGCAGUGUAAUCAGUAUCUGUAAAUAACAUUCUCUAAAUAAAGAGCAUUUACUGAAGUUCA